AUGUCAGGCUUCACUACGACUGCCCUUCGCGGCAACACACCAAAUACCUUCUUUUGCACUCCCUUCGAUGGCGAAAUCGCGCCAGAACCAACUGCUCCAUCACGCCAUCCAAACUAUCCAAACUACGAACCCCUUCGUCGCCGCAAGUACUCAGACACAAAAUACGAUGUCCGAUCUACCUAUCCAAAAGGCCAUGCCUUGAGAGCGCCGUACCGAGUGAGUAAACACAGCACUGAAAGACGGAGCCGUCCGUCUUCUGAUAGUUUCGGAAGCUCUAGGAAUCCGUCUGUCACGAAUAUCAGGUCUGAGAGUUCAUACCCUAGUGACGAAGCGCGGUGCUUCAUCCCAAUAGACAACUCAGAGGAAGAGACGAAACGCACGUUCUUGCAUGCAGUCACAGAGCAAUUCCGAGCUCUACGUGACUUCUUCACCGUCAACAACACCGACAUUGAAGAGGAACAGGACAGGCUCGCCUGGAACGACAGGGAGCUUAUGCUGGUGGCUGCGAGCGCUUACAAGCAACUUUGGUGGGAGCUCAAGAUGCGAACCGUCCGACAAGGCAAGAGGAGGGCUACGAAGACAUUGCGUUCCGCACCACGAUGGGCUUGUACUAAAGCGGUAGAUACUACUUUGGCUCUGUAUGAAAUAACAGGAAAUUUGGCAGGGCGGCUGGGGCAGUAUAUCGCAUCCAGGAAGAUCAUGGGGAAUGGUUGGCAUGUCGUCGGUAGGAAGGUCAUGAGGCCUGCAAGGACCUUCAUGUUGUUCGGUCUCGCUGUCAAUCUAUCCGUCGACGCUGUCAAGACCUGCUUCAGCUUCACCCCCCUACUCCAUUGCAAAGAUCGACCUGUCUCGAAGAUUCGGCACUAUCAAGCAAUGCUUCCAAAGCUGAAGGAUACAACUGCACGCUUUGCCGGCCACUUUGAGCUGGAGGCAUGCAGUUCCAAGGGUUUCACCGGCUGGCAAGGUGGCGUUCCGACGCCUCGAUAG